AUGGCAUUCCUGGCACCACAUCUUAUCAAUGCCAAAAUUUAUCAGCAAAAGAAUAUUGCGCCAAACAAUGAAUUAUAUCAUUUAUGGGAAAAUCCCGACUAUAAAUUCAGUUCCGAGAUUUUUGUUUACUCAGUGAAAAAUCCACAACAGAUUUUAGAUGGAAAUAAGCCAGAAAUGAUUAAAAUAGGCCCAUAUGCGUACGAAAUGAGUUUGAAAAAAAAAAUUCUUGGAUUUGGCAAUGGUUCUGUUAAAUACCAAAAUGUCCAUAAUUUCACUUUUGACAAGAAUGCUUCCUGUGCAGAAUGUUCACCAACUCGGGAAAUUUGGAUUCCAAAUAUUGUUUUUCAGAAAUUUGUCGAAAUCGCUUCAAAUCCGGUUACAACCAUGGCACAACUUGCUCUUCCUUCACAACAACCAUUUUUGAAAGUUUCCGUAGACGAUAUUUUAUUUAAAGGGUACGAAGAUCCAUAUCUUACAAAUGUAUGUGCAAUACCACUUGUGGAUAUAAUUUGCAAAUCGGUAUUGAAAAUACCGAAGAAAAUUGGUUUUCUGAUGCAGAGGAAUGGAGCUCAGAAAAUUGUUGAAGUUACCACUGGUAGCAAUGAUGGUAGUGGAACUGCUGGAGAAAUAUUAAGUUGGGAUGGCUUAAAAUCAUUACCUGCCGAUUGGUGGAAUAACAAAGAAGCUAGGAUAAUUAAUGGCACAGAUGGUGAAUUUUACAAGCCACUUAUCAAAAAAACUGAUAUAAUUUAUGUGUUUGCUCCUGAUCUUUGCAGAUCAAUACACCUAACAUUUGAGAAGGAAAUCGAAUACAAAAAUAUACUAGCAUAUCGUUUCACGGUAAAGGAAGAUUUGCUGGAUCCGACGAUACCUGGUAAUGAAGGAUUUUGUCAUAAUAACGGGAAGACAUUCUUUUCAGAAGACGAGAAGUGUUCUCCAAAAGGACUUCUGGAUCUCAGCCAUUGCUACAAUGGUACACCGCCCAUUCUUUUCUCUUUUCCUAAUUUUUUAUAUGCUGAUAAAAGAGUAAAAGAAUCAGUUAUUGGUCUUAGUGAAAGCUCAAUAGAACAUGAUGGUAUCGCUAUUGAAGUUGAACCGCAGACUGGAACUCUUCUUCGAACUUAUAUUCGAUCACAGAUUAACAUUGCCAUGUGGAAAGGUCGAGGAAUCAUUUACCAGUUCGCUGCGUAA